AUGUCUACUUCUAAUCCUAGGGAAGCUGCCAAGCGGCUUAUAAAGAUCUUGGAAAGGUUUCCAGAUGAACGUAUUCGUCAUUUGAUAUCUUUUAAGGAUAGUCAACUACAAAGAUUUAAAGCUAUGGCUGGCCUUGACACCUCUGAUAUAAGCUCUAACAAGCCUAAAAAGCCCACAUUAGCCGAGAUUAAGGACAUUAUGAGCAGAACUUCUGCUCCUUUAGGAUUGCAGAAGGAUAUGAUGAAAAAGUUGAAUGCUACGAUUCCAAAGGACAACCUUUCCAGUGAGGAACUUCAAAUACAAAUUAAUGCAAUGCAGAACAUACUAAAUAACACAUAUAAGAAGAAGUACCAUGUGGGUGAUAAGCUUUACAAGCCAGCAGGUAAUCCUAUUUAUUAUCAAAGACUUUUGGAUGAAAUUGAGGGCAAAAGUAAAGAGAACUUAUGGACGGCAAUUAGAACUGUGGUAUUUGGUAAAUAG